AGUGUCAACUUCUAUGAAAAAAAAAUUGAAGGAUAUGAUGUUAAAAAAGUACCAGUAGGAGUUGUUUCCUGCUAGUUUAUAAUAGAUUUCCAGUGGCACAAGGCGAGUCAACGGGGAAGUGAUGUGGCUGUUCUAACAUUUAGGUUUUCAAAUUUAAAGAUUCGUAAACGUGGUAAGCAUUCAUAAUUAUAAAUUCGAUUGUGUAUAUACACAUUUAAAUUAAGUUAUUUUCUUUUCUUUUGUUUUCUUUCAUUAUUUUUUUUUCCUUCUGAGUGCCACGUUUGAAAUUGCGUCUGUACUUGGCUAUCCAUUUGGCAACUUACUGCUGCACGUCAGCAUUUAACUUCAGUGAACUUCAAAACAGAAACAGCAGAAAGAGCCACCAGAUUGCUUACAAGCUGCAACAACACGACGAAUGUUAACCUGGAAGGCACGUUUGGUCCACAUAUCACUUGAGGGAGUAACCCGCUCCACCUCCAGCAUGCUGGACUGAAGGAGGAUGGCAUCUGCAGUGUUUGAAGGCACUUCUCUGGUCAACAUGUUCGUCAAGGAUUGCUGGGUCAAUGGGAUCCGGAGGCUUAUCAUUAGCAAAAAAGGAGAAGAGGAGGAAUUCUUUGAGAUCAGGACAGAGUGGUCUGACAGAAACAUUUUAUACUUACACAGGAGUUAUUCGGACCUGGGGAGGCUUUUUAAGAGGCUACUGGAAUCCUUCCCUGAAGAUCGAAAUGAUCUUUCCCAAUCACCCCUAUUAGAAGGUCUUGUCAAGAUCAAGGAGGCUCAUGACAUUGAAGCAAGAUUAAACGAAGUUGAGAGACAUCUAAAAAAUACAAUAAACAUGCCUGGGAAGUAUUCAAGGUCUGAAGUGGUACUUACUUUUUUUGAACGGUCACCGUUAGACCAAGUAUUGAAAAAUGACAAUGUUCACAAGAUUCAGCCUUGCUUUCAAAGCCCAGUAACAAUAUCAGAAAUCAUGAGGUCAAAUGGAUUUUGUUUAGCCAACACAGAGACAAUAGUCUUUGACCAUAAGAUACCCAACGGAAAAGAGCGACACUUAUCAACGGAUUCUGCAGAACACCUGUUUGAGAAUGGGAGCGACAAUACCCCAGCGUUGGACAACAGUGACGAAGACCCAGAGGCAUAUGUUACCAAUCUGUCCUACUACCACCUAGUCCCUUUUGAGACUGAUAUUCUGGAGUGAACCUGCGGUUGGAUAAAGCUGGAAUCAGAUAGACAGGAAUUUUAAUGUUCUGCCUGUAAUACUUUUGGAUCUCCAUUCUUCGUAUAACAAUUGAGGAAUGCAAACACAAGAAGGCAUCCAUUCAGAAGGCUAAGUUGUUCUCAUAAUACACCCACUGUUUAUUUUCAGCCCUGGAAUUUAGCAACAGCAGCCAGCUUCCUAAACUCUCCUCACUAGGAGCCAGUGCAACUUAGCGCUUACAGCUGUGACGUGGAGCCUGUAUAACAUGGAUUCAUUUGCUAUGCACUUGUGUGGCCUUGGUAAACUCAGCUGCAUUGGGUACACAGGACCCCAUCUUGUUUACAGAAUUCAAAAGGAAAGUCUUCCGUGCCUCAAUUUACAAUUAUUAACCUUGUGUUCAUCUGGUACUCCAUCUUGGUAAAUGAAAAAACUGAAAGGAAAAUAGCUGCUGUGUUGUUCUAAGACAGAUCUUGUGCUGCAUAAACUAUAACAACUAAGCUUUUGUGAGAGCAUACAUUUUGCACCAGUUUUUCUUAAUAGGUUGUUUCUGCCUAGUUUUCUGUUAGUAUUUACAGCAAUUACUGGUAUUAUUGUGACUGGGAACUAGAAAAGAUAUCAGUAUGUGUUGUUGCUGUUGAUUAUCCAGCACAUACUGUUAACAAGUAUUAGUAAACUUGUUAUAGUACACAACUGUAUAUACAGUAAAAAUAGGUUCUGAACUGUCUUGAAUGUUUACCACAAGCUUAAACCAGUGUUAACCAUUGCUGGAAAUUCUAACAAGGUUGUAUAGUAUAUCAACCUGAUACAUCAACCUGAAUAGUGCCACACGUAAAGGUACUUGAUAAGCCUGAGCUAUGGGCAUUUCCCUUUCAAAGCAGUAAAAAGUAAAAACUGCUUGGUAAUGCUGUACAAAUGCUUGGGAUUGAUUUAUACUUACAGUAGUGUUCAGUCUAGGGAGCUAAAUUAAAUCAAGCCAAUAUUAUAUCAUUAUAACUAUUUAAAAUAAAUGCAGCUUUUCUAUUUGCAUUUGUAUUUCAACUGGAAAUUACAUGUGGUGUGUUGACAUCAGUAUCAUUUAAGGCAUCUGUUUUCUGUAGACGGUAAUAACAUUUAGCACAUAUACAGCUAUGGCCAAAGGAUGUGCAUUAGCCUGUAGAAUUUUGCUUCAUAAAGUCGAAUGAAACCUGCUGAAUAAUGAUAUGUUAACAUAUUGAAUUACACAACGCUUUGUAGUUUUCCAUAUACUUAAGGAAAAACUGACAAGAAUUGAAAAAUGUGUCAUUUCAAAAUCUAACAUAAUACUGUACUACUAUUAUGGCUUCCAGUAGACUUUUUCCAUCUCAUUUAGUGAUUUCUUUGGUUACACAAUGUUUAAUAAAAAAUCUAAAUUAUUUUCAUAUAGUUUUAGUUUUUUUUUCAAUCCUAAAAUUCUAGGUAAUGCAAAACUUUUGGCCAUAGCUGUACACGUGAUAGUAAUUCUAAAAAUUAAAUUGUAUUUAAAAUAUAGAUGGAAUAAUAAUAAAUGAAUAUGACAUGGA